AUGAUAAGGAUUAAUGGGGGAUUUAUACCGAUAAUGCACACAGUUUGUGCCGCAAUGGCAUUCACAACCGCUUUAAUAGUUGGAUAUUCUUUACAUUUCCACAAAAUUGUCACUAAUGCACACUACGGCUACCCUGACGAGUGGUUCCCAAGUGUAUCGGCUACUAUUGGUGACAGAUACCCAGAAAGAUCUUUAUUCCAAAUCCUAAUCGCUGUUUGUUCUUUCCCAAGAUUCCUAUUAUUGAUUGGACACUACUAUUUGCAUGGCUCAUUAUUCACUGCAAUUGUCGGUUUUGUUAGAACUGUUAGUUGUGGUGGUUGGGUCUACAUCACAAGCACAGAUGAUCAUGAUACACACGAUAUAUUCAUGUUCCUUUACAUACUGUUAACUAUUCCAUGGGAUAUUUGCAUUUCACGUCAAUCUGUCAAUAAAAGAAAACAGCACAUUAUUGCUGCAUCUUUAUUCUUUUUCACAAUGUUUCCCUUAGCUUAUUGGUUCAUCCAACACCAAAUCCAUCAUGUUGCAGGGGCAUAUUCCAUUUAUGCAUAUUUUGAAUGGUCUUUAAUCAUUUUAGAUGUUGCAUUUGAUUACUUGGCCUAUGAAGAUUUCAAAGCUUUCGAGUUUGCUAUUGAUUUAACUUCAGGUUCAUCAAAAGGAAUUUCUAUUAAUAAGACAAAAGAUUCAGAUUCCAAAAAUGUUAAAACUACUACCAAAUCGGCUAGUACAGAUUCACCUGUUAAAGAUGAAACUUCAACAUCAACUACUGCUUCUUUUACAGAAACUAAACAUGAUAAUGAAGAAGAAAAUGUCAUUGAACACUCUGCCACAAUUAAUAAAAAACAUGACGACAAUAAUGAUGAAGAUGAAUUGGAGAUUGUAUUUGAAUCUCAAGAAUAUCAAUUAUUACACCCAAUUAACUCAACUACCACUUAUGACUCUUUAUUGUAUAUUGCUGUGAAUACUACUAAUUCCUUCUUUUUUUGGUCUCAUGUAACUUCUUUAGCUUGUGUUGUUUGGCAUUUCCCAUUAUGGUACAUGGGUAUCUCUGGUUAUGAAAUUAGCAUUUUAAGUUAUGUUGGUUGUAUAAUAUUAGCCUUCCCCAUUGUUCCCACUAUUAUUUAUCAAUAUGGUACAUUGAUUGGCAAUUUAAUUACUUUGGGAGCAUAUUUAGUUGAUGUUCCAGAAUCUAGAAUCUCUGUACUUUCAAUUGGUGUUGUUAUUUGUUUUGCUAGUUUUAUAUUAAAUUUGAAAUCAAUUAAAAAUUCACGUACUAAUUCAUCAUUUGCUAUUUGUUGGUUACUUGGUUUAGUCAUUUCAGUAGUUUUAAAGAUGGGAUUUUAUUCUACCAAUCCAACAUGGGCCAUCAUGAGAGAAUCCAACGGUGGUAUUAAUAAGACUGCUAUAAUUAUAGCCACAAUCGUAGGUUUAUUGGCUCCAAAUGUCAAUGCAAUUAAUUUUGUUGAAUCUAACGAAACUGUUUCACCUUCUCAAAAACCUCAAAAGUUUAAUUUCUUCAAGAAACUAUUUUUUGGAUUAGGAUUUGGUUGUCUAUUUUUUUCCAUUCAUCAAUUAUUAACAGAUGCAUCUACUAUAAUCUAUUGGUCUUGGGAAGGUUUCCAUGAUGGGAAACAUGGGCCAUUAGCUUGGCCAUGGUCUGCUCUGACAUGUGUUGUUAUGCUAGGUGCCACUGUUUCAUCUUUAAAAUUUACUAGAUGUACUUUCAUUCCAUGUAUUAUGUUGAUUAUUAGUACUAUCUCAUUAUCAUUACCUCAAGUGACUGAAUGGACUAAAUAUGUUACUGGUGGGUUACCAUAUGUGAUUUCUAUUAUUUGGUUUAUUCCAUCUUAUAUAUCGAUUGCAAGUCAAAUUGAAUCUCUAUGGGUAUUUGUUGUGGCUGGUAUUACCUAUGAUAUUUUCGUUUUAGGACAUGUUUGGACCGUUGCAUAUGCCUUUGUUCCAUUAGGUUGGGUAUUGAGGGAAAGGUUAUAUGUUGUUUUAUGUCUUGCAUCUAUGAUGAUUAUAUUUGGAUCAAUUAUUAACAAAGGGAACGGAUUAUCUGUCCCUCAACUAAAAGACAAGACCAAUUCGUAUUAUUCCAUUAAAUUUGUAAGAAACAUUGCAAUUGUGACUUCGAUUAUUUUAAUAAGUAUUAUUAAAUUUGUUUAUGAUAUUAGACCUACUGGUGUACCACAACCAUACCAUCCAGAUUCCAAGAUUAUUACAGCUGGUAUUUGGACUAUUCAUUUUGGAUUAGAUAAUGAUAUGUGGGCAUCUGAAGAUCGGAUGAUUGAAUUAAUCAAAGAUAUGGAAUUGGAUGUAUUUGGUAUAUUAGAAACGGAUACUCAAAGAAUUACCAUGGGUAAUAGAGAUUUAACUGCAAAGAUGGCACAUGAUCUUAACAUGUAUUCUGAUUUCGGACCUGGCCCAAACAAACAUACAUGGGGGUGUGCAUUAUUUUCUAAAUUCCCGAUUGUUAACAGUACUCAUUAUUUAUUACCUUCACCAGUUGGAGAAUUAGCACCAGCUAUCCAUGCUACUUUAAAGACUUAUGAUGAUAUACUAGUUGAUGUAUUUGUUUUCCAUAGUGGACAAGAAGAAGAUGAAGAAGAUCGUAGAUUACAAAGUUUAGCAUUAGCUGAAAUCAUGGGUAAGAGUGAUAGACCAAGUUUCUUAUUAAGUUAUUUGGUUGUGGAUCCCCAUGAAGGUAACUAUAAUACAUAUGUGGGUGAAAAAUCUGGUAUGCAUGAUAUUGAUCCAAGUGAUGAUGAUAGAUGGUGUGAAUAUAUAUUAUUUAAGAAUAUUAAAAGAGUUGGGUACUGUAGAGUCUCCAGGGGUACUAUAACUGAUACUGAAUUGCAAGUUGGUAAGUUUCAAGUUCUUGAUGAUGAACAAUUGAAAUCUUAUGGGGAUUCUAUAUAUGAGAAUAAUAGAGUGGAAGAUUUGAAUAAUGGAGAGUUCAAAUUCCCUGAUAUGUUUUUAGGAGAAGGUGAAAGGGGCCAUUAUUAUCAUGUAUUUGAUAAGCCACGAUACUUCUAUUCCCAAUAG